AUGUGCAAUAAUGUGAUUAUUUUAUUCUUCUUAUUAUUAUUAACAAAAUCCGGUGAAACUUUUCGACUUUUUUCUUCGGGUGCUGGAACAUACAAAGAAGCACGUCCAUUUUUUGUUUCGUCGAAAAAUCUUAUUAAUGAUUAUUUUGAUGGCGAUUUAACACAUGUUUUUCAAACAAUUAAUUCUCAUACAUUUGUUUUUGUUAUGUAUUAUGCACAUUUCUGUGGUAUUAGUCGACGAAUGCGUGAACCAUUUGAAAAAGCAGCUGCUUUCUAUCUAGAACGUAUUCCUCAUGGUAAUACUACAUUAGAUAAAUUUCAUGUUAAAUUUGUUGCAGUUGAUUGUUUUUAUCAUACUGGUCAAUGUCGAAAAUCUUAUAAACUUGAUUAUUAUCCUCAUAUGUAUUUAUAUAUAAAAGGUACACGAGGUUAUCAAUAUUUUGGACCAACAAUAACAUCAAAUCUUAUUGAAUUUAUUGAAAAAAUUCGAAUGCCUGUAAUAAGAAUUACGAAUAUAGAUGAAUUUUUAGAUUUUAUUGUUCAACAUGAAUCUAAUGUUUUAGCUCAUUUUGAUUUUUCUAAUAAUUUACAAAGACAAUAUUAUUCAUUUUUUGUUCAAGCAGCUCUUAAACAUAUUGAAUAUGAUAAUGAACAUCCGAUUCGUUUUGCUGUUAUUCUUAAUCAAACUGUUAUUGAAGAAUUAUCAAAUUUAUUUAAUAAUACUUUUCCAGAAUCAUUUAUUAUUUUAAAUCGAUUAAAUUCAACACCACAGAUAUUUCCAAAUAUGACAAAUAAUUUUACAAUCGAAAAUCUUUUUCAAUGGAUUGUUAAUGAAUAUAAAAAACCAUAUGUCGGUUGGAUUGUUCCAAAAGAUCGUUAUUAUUCUCGAAGUCCAUCAAUUGAUAAAGCAACUAUAUUCGAUGCAUUGACAAAUCAUGAUAAUCUUCUUAUCUUUCUUACUUCAAACAAAUUAGACGAGUUAAAAUUACGAUAUAUUUAUUUCUAUCUGUCCAAUUGUAAUAUAAUUCAUUCUACUCUUUGGUUAAAACAAAUUGAAAAAUUAUAUAAUCAAUCAUUAAUUAAUUUAAAUGAACAUAUAAGUAAAACACAACAUAAUCUUCUUUCAUCAUGUUGUCAAUAUGUUUUAAAUCAAAUAUCUUCAGUUGAUAUAUAUCAUCUAUGUUUAUUAAAUCAACAAUUACCAUUAUUAAAUUUUUCUGAAAUAAAAACAAAAAAAUGUUUACCUAUAUUAAAUAAUCUUCAAUUAAAAAAAAUUUGUUAUCAAAAUUAUUGUCAUCAAUGGUUAAAAACAUAUGCAUCAAUAUAUCAACAAAAAUUAUAUUAUAAUCAUGAAAUUAUUUUACAAAAACGACGAAAUAAAUUUUAUGAUCAAUCUAUUGAUAUACAAAAUCAAUUUAUUAAUAAUAAUAAUAAUAAUAAUAAUAAUAAUAAUUCAAUAGAAAAAUUUCAAGGAUUAUUAUGUCAAAUGAAUUUAACAUGGACAUUUCGAUUGAUUAAUUCAAAAUAUUAUCCAAAUUUUGGACAAAAUAUUGGUAUGAUUAAUAAUUCAAGAGCUAUUAUUGUAUUACAAACAAAAAAUGAACAACAUUAUAUUUUAAAUAAUAAUGAAAUAACAACUGAAAAUAUCUAUAAUCUUAUUUAUAAUGUAUCACAUAAUUUACAAUCUCGUUCAUUAGCUACAAUUCCAAUUAAUAAUAUAAACAUAGAACAUUCCAAUAGAUUUAUUGAACUUACUACUGAUACAUUUCAUUCCAUUGUUUUAAAUACAGAUAAACAUGUACUCGUUGUUUACUAUACGAAAUGGUGUGGAUUUUGUCAAUCAAUAUGGCCAAUACUAUAUCAAACAAAAAGAUUCUUUAGUAAAUUCGAUGAUCUUGUUUUUACUAGAAUUCAAGCUGACAAACAUGAUCUUCCAUGGCAUUUAACAGUAUAUAAUUAUCCAACAUUAAUUUUGUUUCCUGCACAGAACAAAUAUGAUUCAAUUGUUUUUCCGACAUCAACAGAAUCGAUCACGAAUGUUAGCAUAAUAAAAUUUCUUCUUCAUCAUCUUUAUAUUGAUGACAAUGUCAAUGAACAUUGGUGUCAACAGACAAAUAAUAGUUUUUUAUCAAUGUUAUCAUCAACUUAUAUUGACUUUUCUCAAUUAUCUUAUUUAGUUAAAUCAUUUUCUUGA